AGCGAGCGAAGCGAGCUGGGGCGAUAGUGUUCGCCCGCCCCUGCGCGCCGCCGCCUCGACCGCCUGCCGCUCCGGCCUACCUCCGCCGGCGAACUCCAUCCCCUCCGCCGGAUCUCGCGCUUCUCCCGCCGUCAAAGGACCCCACCGGGACGAUCCGCCCUUCCGUGUCGACACCCGUCCCAGCGCGCGACCCUGCCCCUCCGCGGACCACCUUGCCCCAGCGCAAUGACCCCGUUCUUUCGAGAGCACCUCGUCCCUGCACCGACGACCGCGUCCCUCCGCUGAUUGAAUCCCAUACGGGACGGAGGAUAAUUCCAGGAAUAUGAUGCCGCCGCCAUCGCCGCCGCCGGCCAGCAUCCUCACCGAGGACCUCCUGGUCGAGAUCCUCUCUCGGGUGCCCUACAGCUCGCUCUGCCGCUUCAAGUGUGUCUCGAAAUCAUGGCUCGCCCUCUGCUCCGACCCUGCCCUCCGCAGGAAGUCGUCCCAGACCCUGUCCGGCUUCUUCUACCGCCUCGUCGUCACCUCGGGCCAGCCACUCGAGUAUCGAGUCCAUUUCACCAAUGUGUCAGGGAGAGGCCGACCUAUGAUCAACCCCUCUCUCUCCUUCAUGCCUGACUGUAAAAGGAUCGAGAUCAUCGACUCCUCCAAUGGUGUUCUGCUGUGCCGCUGCGUGAAGAUGUCUCCAGAACAUGAAUAUGACUAUGUCGUGUGCAAUCCUGCGAUUGAGAAGUGGAUCCCGUUGCCCUACAGGGAAUCGAUGGAAGGAGUACACACGGUGCGUUUGGGUUUCGACCCAGCUGCGUCGUGCCACUUCAGAGUUUUUUUGCUUGUGAAGAAUUUGCAGGAUCAGGAUCAGUACUGUCAAGUCACUGGUGUCGAGAUGUACUCAUCAAGAACUGGAGCGUGGACUUGCCGAGAGAGCGAGUGGGGUGAUAACUGUAGAGUGCAUGAUGCUACAAAAAGUGUGUUCUUGAAUGGUGUUAUGCAUUUCACUACCGAUGGUUCCUUCAUAGCCACGGUUGACAUGGAGCUGAACAGGUGGAGGAAAAUCCCGACACCACACGAUACAGUUUCCAGUCUUAUAGGGAUCUCUCGAGGGCACUUGUGUUUGUUGCACAUUGGCUGCGAUAUACAAAUUUGGGUGCUCGAGGAUUAUGGCAGUGAACAAUGGAUCCAAAAGCAUUCUGUCAGCAAAUCAGAACUAUUCGAAGGCCGUCAGCUCAAAACUCUGACUGCAAUCCAUCCUGAAAGGAAUAUGUUUUUCUUUACCAAGGGGCGUGGAAAUAUUGUAUCAUAUGAUAUGGAUAGCAGGAUAAUGCAUACUAUCUGCACACCUGAUCCCUACAAGGCUUAUGCAUAUCAGCCUUAUAUCCCCUGCUUCGCCAAGUGGCUAUCAGAUGGACACUAAAGGUGAUGGUAGCUUCAGAGUUGCUUCAUCUCUGCCUCUGUAAGAAGGAGCGAGAUCUUCUAGUGUUUGGCCAGAGUAUUAAGGAUAAGUUUUAAGUCUACAUAAGCUUGAUGAUCCAAUAGUUGUGUGCUCAAAAGCAGCUUUUAUGUCGCUCUGAACUGCAUGAUGUUGUCUAACGGUGAAGAGUAUGUAAGCAAACCUAUGGUAUGCACCGCAUAGCUAGUUCCAUGAAGGAUGUUUCUGACUUUAUA